AUGGCCAUGUGGAAUUGUGAUUUUGAAAACUGCAGCAACCCAUUUGUUCGCACAUAUGGGCAAUGCAUCAUUUGUGAUCGCCAUCUCUGCGCCCAACAUCUUAGCUCAAAAUAUCAUAGCUGCCCUAGUUGGGAAGAUGAGCGGCUAUACGACCCUAUCGCUCAAAAAGCAGAGCAGAAGGAGAUCACAAGACUGUUGAACAAAAUCAACAUCCCAGCACUCCUCGCUCAAGCAAGCCAUUUGCGCAACGGUGUUCCCUGCUCUUUACCGCAGCCACUUCAGUAUGAUCAUGCAAAGCGUACCUCGGUGAUGGGCGGCAUGAAUUAUCAUAUCGAAAUCCAGUUUGAAGACGGAAUCAGCUGGCUGGCGCGCAUUCGAAGAUUCAAUGCCACGUCACCGCCGCCAGAUCUUCGACGCUACAUUAUGCGAAGCGAAGUCGCAACGCUUCAGUUUCUAAGCAAGACAAACAUUCCAUCUCCGAGAGUACUUGAUUAUAACUUUGAGCAAGCGAAUCCUACCGGCGUCGAGUAUAUCCUUAUGGAGAAAUUGCCUGGGAAGUCGUUACGGUGGUCUCUGACAAGUCCAGAACAGAGGAAGAAGAUUAUCAGCCAGCUAGCAGACAUUUACAUCGAACUCAAAGCAUUUCCAUUUGACUCCAUGGGCUCUCUAGACCAGCCCGGCACUGAUCACGUGGGGCCUUUUGCAAGGGAAUCGUUGACGGACUAUGUGGACUCACAGAUGCGACCUCUUGGUCCCUUCAUCUCUCGCGAAGAAUAUGUCGUCUCAAGCAUACAAUUAACCCUAGAUCUCAUCAUCAGGGGAGAGGCAUAUGCUGAUCGAGCAAUUGAUGCAUUCCUGAUCCAUCGCUUCCUCUUGGAUGCUGUUUCCCACAUUGUACCUGCUAAAGCUGAAACCACCCAGUUCUAUUUGAAGCAUGCGGAUGACAAAGGUGACCAUAUCCUCGUUGACGAUGAUUCCAAUAUAACAGGGGUUGUCGACUGGGAAUGGGCACAUACGGAUUCGAAAGCUGCAGCUUUCAAUUCCCCCAUUUUGCUUCUUCCUGUUGCUGAUUUCUAUGAUGGGAUCAACCACCCCGGGGAGGACGAACUGGCAUUGGCGCAAUCAUUUGAGGAUAAAGGUCAUCUUGAUCUUGCCGAAGCUGUGAGAAACGGGCGGAUCCUUCACCGUUUUGAAUUCUGCUGUGGGUAUGACCUUGCUGAUUGGAAGGGGUUCCUCGGCCUCUUCCAGGGCCUCCGGAAAGCCAUCAAUGUCGAUGGGGACUUGGAAUGGGAUGCUUGGAAAGAGAAGACUCUUGAGACAUACAAGAAUGAUGCUCUCCUCAACAAGUUGAUAAAGCAGGAUCCUGCCGGCCUAGUGUUAGCAGAAGUAUCCUAG